AUGCCCGGUCCUGGAGCGCAAGAAGCCAUUGCACGAGGCCACCCCGAUCCCGUUGCACGAGGCCACCGUGAUCCUGAUGCACGAGGGCCCCCCCUCCUCCCCGCCGCUCCCCCCCCCCGCCCCGAGUCUCGCUGCACGAGGAGCCGGUGCACGAGGGCUGGCCUGAUCCUAGUGCACGAGGAGCCAAUGCACGAGGCCAGCCCAGUCCCGGUGCACGAGGCCGUCCCGCUCCCGGUGCACAAGGUCGCCCCAGUCCCGGUGCACGAGGAGCCGGUGCACGAGGAGCCGGCGCACGAGGCCUCCCCGCCCCCAUUGCACAAGGACCCGAUGCAUGAGGAGCCGAUGCACGAGGCCACCCCUGUCCCGGUGCACGAGGAGCUGUUGCACGAGGAGCUGAUGUACCAGGCUUCCCCAGUCCCGGUGCACGAGGAGCUGUUGCACGAGGAGCUGUUGCACGAGGCCUCCCCGCCCCCAUUGCAGAAGGACCCAAUGCACGAGGAGCCGAUGCACGAGGCCACCCCUGUCCCGGUGCACGAGGAGCUGUUGCACGAGGCCUCCUUCUUCCCAUCGCACGAGGAGCUGUUGCACGAGGCCUUCCCCAAUCCUGGUGCACGAGGAGAGCUGUUGCACCAGGUCUCCCUGCUCCCCUUGUCUGAGGUGCCAUUGCAUAAGGAGCUGUUGCACAAGGAGCCGUCGCACAAGGCCUCCUUGCUCCCGUUGCACGAGGUGCUGGUGCACGAGGUGCCCUUGCACGAGGCCUCCCCGCUCCUGUUGCACGAGGAGCCCUUGCACGAGAAGCCCUUGCAGGAGAAGCCCUUGCACGAGGCCUUCUUGCUCCUGUUGGACGAGGAGCUGUUGCACGAGGAGCCCUUGCACGAAGAGCCUUUGCACGAGGCCUCCCUGCUCCUGUCGCACGAGGAGCCCUUGCACGAGGCCUCCCUGCUCCCAUCGCCCGAGGAGCCCUUGCACGAGGAGCCGGCCUCUCUGCUCCUGUUGCACGAGGAGCCCUUUCACGACAAGCCCUUGCACGAGGCCUCCCUGCUCCUGUCGCACGAGGAGUCCUUGCACGAGGAGCCCGUUCACGAGGCCUCCCUGCUCCUGUCGCACGAGGAGCCCUUGCACGAGGAGCUCUUGCACGAGGAGCCCUUUCACGAGGCCUCCCUGCUCCUGUCGCACGAGGAGCUCUUGCACGAGGAGCUCUUGCACGAGGAGCCCUUUCACGAGGCCUCCCUGCUCCUGUCGCACGAGGAGCUCUUGCACGAGGAGCUCUUGCACGAGGCCUCCCCUCGCUCCAGGGCCUCCCCGUACCGAGGGGGUUCAUUCACCCCCCCCGUUCGUCUCCCCCCCUCCUAA